AUGACCGACUUUGGCGAAUAUCCGCCAAAUAUGGCCCCACAAGAUGCGCUUGUCGCCCGACAACAGGCUGCAGAGGACCACGCAGUAGUCCCUUAUUCGCAUGAAAGCCUAGCACUCUACCCAGCUGGUUCUGCAAAUUCAUUGAGGGGUGAUUCAACUGCCAUCAAGCGCAAAAAUCUCCUUACAGGCCACGCGGAGGAGACAUUCUUGAGUGAGCACACGUUUCGAAGCAAACAUAGGGCUAUAGAGAGAAAUGGCGGACCAGAACGAGAGUAUCAAAAUAGUGCCACACUGAAGGCGGAAGCCGUGCGAUUACGAGCCACACGAGAAAAUAAAGGGGAUGCUACAGUAGUUGAAGGAGCUGGAUCCUACAUUGGGCCCUGGGCCAAGUACAAUCGUAACGAGUGCGACAGGAUUGAUGACGAUGAAGAACUUCGCAGCGAUGAGGAGUAUGAGAUCGUGGACGAUGAAGGCAAUGACAACGACGUGGUGGAGAGCGGGACGGUACUUCAAGCACCAGAGGUAGCGCUUGCGCGACGAAAGGAAGUCGCAGAGCUAGGGGACGAGACGACCACCUUUCAUGGCUCUGAACAGUACGACUACCAAGGGAGAUCAUACAUGCACGUCCCCCGAGAUUUAGAUGUCGAUCUACACAAAGAACAUGGCAGCACGACCAACUACAUACCCAAGAAACAGAUUUUCUCUUGGAAAGACCACACAAAAGCCGUCACUGCGUUGCGCUUCUUUCCUAGUUCAGGACAUCUAUUACUCUCCGCCAGUGCCGACGCAACUGUAAGAAUUCGAGACGUUUAUCAUGACAGAAUGCUAUUACGAACGUACUCAGGCCACUCCAAGGCAAUUUCAGACGUUUGUUUCAAUUAUUCCGGUACACAGUUUCUUUCUGCCUCCUACGACCGAAUGAUGAAGCUCUGGGACACAGAAACCGGCGUGUGUAUCAGCAAGUUCACCACGGGCAAGACCCCUCACGUUAUCAAGUUCAAUCCCGACCCAGACCACUCCAACGAAUUUUUGGCGGGCAUGUCGGACAAGAAAAUCGUUCAAUAUGACGUGCGAACACCCAAUGAAAUCGUCCAAGAGUACGACCAUCAUCUUGCUGCAAUCAAUACAAUUACUUUUGUGGAUCAGAACCGUCGUUUUAUGACCACCUCGGAUGACAAGUCCCUCCGUGCAUGGGACUACAAUAUUCCUGUACCGAUCAAAUACGUUGCCGAGCCUGACAUGUAUCCUAUGACGAACGCGGCUCCUCACCCAAGCGGGAAAUAUGUCGCAUACCAGAGCUCUGAUAAUCAGAUCCUCGUAUACGGGGCCAAUGAUAAGUUUCGCCAAAAUAGGAAGAAGAGCUAUAGGGGCCAUAAUAACGCUGGGCUGGCCAUAGACCUGGACUGCAGUCCGGACGGACAAUUCCUGGCAUCGGGUGACUCAGGUGGCUUUGUAUGCUUCUGGGAUUGGAAGACAUGCAAAAUGUAUCACAAAAUUAAGAGUGGCAAUCAAGCCGUGACAUGCGUGAAGUGGCAUCCGCAGGAGACUAGUAAGGUUGUGUCGGCGGGAAUGGACGGUGAAAUUCGAUAUUGGGAUUAA